CACCCUGGCUGUGGAGCUCAGCCUUCCUGCCUUCAGACGGUGCAGCUGAGGCGCACCGGCACCACGGCUCUCGGCUCCCGGGACCGCACCGCAGCCUGCCCCGCUUCCUCCCCCCACAUCCGCCGGUUCCUCGCCGCUGUCUCCGGGCAUCAGGUUUCCUCGGAGGGGAGAUCAGAGGAGGAAACAUCAGACAGCCACCGGAGAGCUUAAGGACGGACGAUGCCGACGUUAAGAGAACAGCUCAGCAGGACGUCCCAGAAGGAGGCGCACUUUGCAGCAUGAUGUAGUUGUUAUUGGCUCCCUUCAUCCCACUGAUUUACUUGGCUGAGUGUGGACUGAGGAAGCAAUGGAGCAGGCGGAGGAGGACCUGAACCUCUCCUUCCUGCUGGAGCACGAGAGGGAAACCAUCCUGAAGGUGCUGCAAAAAGACGAGAAGCUGAGGAAGCGAGAGGAGAAGAGGAUACGGAAGCUGAAGAAUGAGCUGCUGGAGAUCAAACGGAAAGGCUCCCGCCGGACUCAGGAGCGGGCGGAGCGCGGCGAGCGGCAGUGCGCUCGCUGCCUCAAGACCCUGGGCCUGCUCUUCGACCGGGGGGAUUUCUGUGAGGAGUGCCAGCUGCGCGUCUGCGGCGAGUGCCGCGUCUCCAACCCCGGCUCACGCCAGUGGAGGUGCAGCGUCUGCGCCAAGAUCUCGGAGCUGAAGGUGGUGACCGGAGAGUGGUUCCUGGAGGAGCGGUCCAAGCGCUUCGAGCAGAAGGUGCCGAGCGGCGACGUGAUCAAGCAGACCAUCCUCAGCAGCCCCCUGCCCCCAGAAGAGAAGCCGCCGGAGGACCAGCCAGCUCUGUCUGAGCCAGAGAAACCCGAAGCGCCGCGAUCCACCAGGAGCGCGCUGCACAGCGUCAUCGACGGCGCCCGCAGGAAAGGAAGGAUGAAGAUGGAUAAAAAGGCCAGCCGGCCAAACCUGAAGCCGCAGAACGGAGUGGACGGCGUCAGCGUGAAGUCUGCCUCCGACGGAGACGGCGGAAGCGUCCGGAGCGCUCGCUCCGCUCCGAGUCCUCGUUCCAACAGAGGCGGGGCGGUGGCUCUGGAGUCCUCCGGUUUGCCCGCGGUGCCCAACAACCUGCGAGCCCAAACCCCGGACAAGCCGUCCACUCCCAGCAGCAGCCGGAGGGUCAGGCCCGACGGCGCGGAGAGCGUGGCCAGCUUACGCUCCAGCGACGGCGCGUCGGAGAGGAAAGACGGCGGCGCCCCGUCCAUCUCGGUGUCCCGGGCCUCCGUCUCAUCGGAUCACAGCCGCUCGGAGAUGGACCUGUCCGCCCCCGGGUCUGAGCCCAGCGACGACGCCCUCAGCCUCAGAAGCCGCUCCGUUCCCGGACUCAACGAAACGGAGUUUUCUGACGACGACGCCGAGGAAGACAUCGACGCCCUGAUGUCGGCCCACAGCCAGUCCCCCGGCCGGCGCCUCAGCAGCGCCGUGUCCACGUCGUCGACCCCCGGCUCAGAGCGGCGGUGGGGGUACCUCAACGUCCCCGACUCGGACGCUGAGACUAGCAGCAUAAACAGCAUGAUGAGCAUGUACAGCGAGACCGGUGACUAUGGCAACGCCAGGGUGAGCGGCGAGAUCCUGCUCAACAUCAGCUACAGCUACAAAACCGGCGCCCUCAACGUCCUGGUGAAGGAGUGCCACAACCUGGCAACCGGGGACGAGAGGCGGCAACGCACAGACGCCUACGUGAAGACGUACCUGCUGCCGGACACGUCCCGGCAGAGCAAGAGGAAGACCAGCAUCAAGGCCAACACCAUCAACCCCGUCUUCAAUGAGAAUCUGAGGUAUGUGAUCAGCCACUCGCAGCUGGAGACACGAACCCUGCAGGUGUCCGUGUGGCACCACGACCGCUUCGGACACAACAGCUUCCUGGGGGAGGUGGAGCUGACCUUUGACUCCUGGGAGUUUGAUUCCCAGAUGGAGGACUGGUACACUCUGCAGCCGAAGCAGAUGGAGAGCUGUAUGGACUCCACCAUGCAGUACAAAGGGGAGCUGACGGUGGUGCUGAAGUACAUUCCUGCAGAGAAGAACCUCAUGCUGCCUCUGGACCAAGUACAAGUGAAGAAGAGUUUCCUGAGAGGGAAGAAGACGAGCAGCUUCACCCUGCCUAAAGGGGGCAUGGUGGAGCUGCUGGUCAAAGGAGCCAAAAACCUGACGGCUGUCAAGUCCGGAGGAACCUCGGACCCGUUCGUCAAAGGGUACCUCCUGCCUGACAGCAACAAGUCGACCAAGCACAAGACGGCGGUGGAGCGUCGCACCGUCAACCCGCAGUGGAACCACACCUUCACCUACUGCGGCCUGCAGCCCGGCGACCUCAACAACGUCUGCCUGGAGCUCACCGUGUGGGACAAAGAGGCUCUGGCCAGCAACGUCUUCCUGGGGGGGGUCCGGCUGGGGGCCGGCACGGGCAAGAGCUACGGGAACGAGGUGGACUGGAUGGACUCGUACGGGGAAGAGCAGCGGCUGUGGCAGCGCAUGAUCGAGAACCCAGAAGUCCCUCACGAGUGCACGCUGAUGCUGCGGUCCAGCAUGCGCAGGCGCAGCACAUGAGCCGGACGGACGCGGCGCAGGCCGGCGGCGGGACAGAGGAGAAUAACAGAGGGGGGAAGAGAUAUGGGAAAGAAGUGGGAGUUGGAGGGGCCAAGGAAAAUAGAGAAGAGGAAGGAAAAAAAAAACCUGCCCUCUUCUUUCCCGCUCGAUCCUUCUGUCUGCAGCAGCCAGUCAUGCCUUACGCUCAUCCACGUGUGGCCCUCCGCCGUUAAUGGAAGCCACGUGUUGUACCGCCCCGCGAGCACACGCCGGCUCCCGGCGCGUCCGUCCUCGUCUCCGAGGGCCGUUUCUGCAUGUAGCCGCGGCCCUGCGCCGCCGUCAGCGACGUGCGAACAUUCCCUUUAUUAGCGAGCGACGUGAAGCACAUGUGACGCUGAGACCCGUCUCCUCAUGAAGAGUAGAGUCCCGAGGUGGAAAGUGACCGCUCCUUGUACUGCUCCCAUUCUGGCGCUGGGAGGACUCACAUGCUGUAUAAUCACUGAAGAGGCAGCUUUUCUAUUCACUUCAGAACAUUACAAAGCCUCUGAUGAUCUUUUCUUUCUGCCUAAACCUUCCUGAUUGUAAUGAAACUGUCAUUACUGGCCUCUCUAGAAAAAAAUGAUAAUGAGACAAUCAUUACAACUCAUAGAAGCAGCAGGACGUUAGAAAUAUUGAGUAAAUUUGGUGAAGUCACUUAUCGAAGGUGUGAUUUGUGUCAUUGUCGAUUAAUGCACCGAAAUCGACUCGAACUAACCAAACUGCCAAAAACUAAACCAUCCUGUUCAUUUCUUUUCGUCCUAGCCCCUCCAGCAUCAUGAUACCACUUUCUACAAUAAGAUGGUGCCGUGAGGAAAAAACCAACAUUCAAUACAAACGUCAGAACAGGGCGUCGCCGAUUGCUUCCUGAUUGCAAACUGCCAGGAACUGAAGCGCAUUGAAAUUUGUGCUGCUGUUGUGGGAUUCUUAGAAAUGAUGUAAACAAUGAUUUACCACGAAACGCCUCCUGUUAACCUUCUCAUGUUAGCAUAAGGUUUGCCGCUUUGCCUGGAAAAAGCUCCUCUUGCUCGGUUAGCGCACAAUGUGACAAAUGUGCUGCAAAUAACACAAAAUUUAGACAUCAUUUUUUUAACUAUAAACCAUGAAAUAGACCUGAUAUUCCUUAGUUUUAAAGUUGAUUUGAUGAUAAACAAAUGUGUCAUAAUUAGUGUGACAUUUGUUAUUUUUCAGCUUUAAAUCUUUGAAUUACCCUUUAAAAGGUUCCCUUUUGAGAAUUUUAGUGAGUGACUUUUAAAGGUUAAGGAGGACUUGAAUUGGGCUGUAUCAGCUGACGAUCCUCCAACUUCUCCUCAAAGGUUGGAGGAUUUCCUUCGAGAUAACCGGAGGGGCAUAAAAGACAAUUUUUGACAUUUUCUAUAAACUUGCAUUUGCUUGUGUGGAUUUCUGCUGAUACUGUGAAAUUUCAAUUUGACUUUUUGAUUAAUUUUGUGUUUAUUCCUGCACUUCCUUGUUAAAGGUAUAGCAAUUUGUGUUCAGAUCUGUUGCUACUUUGUGUUUUUAUGAACUAAUUGAAACUAAGAAGUGUGUAGAAUGACUCACUGCACCAUCUUGUGGUUGAAAGUGGUAUUGCAGAUGUUAAUUGAGCUUUUUCUCGGUUGGUAACUUCAGUGGAUUUCUUUAAAAUUGGUUAUUUUUAACUUAAAAAAAGAAAAAGAAGAAACACAUUCACAUGUACUGUUAGAUUGCAUGGAUCCUCCGUGACAUGAAAAGAACAGUACUCGGAUAAAGUUAUUUUCCACCCUUGGUUUUCAUAGGAAUAAAAAAAAAACAAACUGUAGCACAAAAACUAGACAAAGUGCAAACUUAGACUAGCUUCAAUGUAAAUGAGCCUAACACUGUAUCAGUGUGGUCCUAGAAACUGCAUGGUAUUAGACGAACCCGAGGUAGAAGAACAAAAAAAAAAGAGGUGACGAUAAAGCACUGAUACUGACAUCCCUUCACCUGUAGAGGAAGGUGUGAUGUGAAGAAGUCCUGCAUGUUGAAGAGUGUCGGGGCUCCGAGGCGCGCUGCCUUCAUCUCGGGGGGGGGGGGGUGACCCCUUCCCAUCCCUCCAGUAAUGAGCGGGAGAGAGUCAGACAGCGACCUGGCCUCUGUGGCCUGGAGGGGGCGCUCCGCCAGACUCCGUCCUGAGAUGAAUCACUUCACAGAAGCAGUUCUCCAGUCGAACCGACCAGUUUUCCUGUGGAAUGCCAAUGUUUGGUCCUUGGCAAAGCGGUGUGCUGCGAGCCGCCCAAAGCGGCGGCGGCGGCGGCGGUGCGGCGCCGCGUGUCCGACGAGCUGCAGCGAUGCCCGAUCACUGAAGGAGCUCUUGGUGUGCAGCAUGUACUUUCUCUGUUGUGUCUGGUUUCAAAGCAUCAAUAUCACAUUUUUCAAGCAUAUUUUGUCCCAAAUGUGUAACGAGAAUAUUUUGAAAUAAACACAUCUUUCCAUAGACUG